UUUAAAACAGCUUAUGUGUACUAAAACCGUGUAUAUACGAUUCUAAUAUAUUUUUACUGAUAUAUUUACUGAUUUAUUAUCGAUUAACGAGCUCUGAAUAUUCUCCUCCAUCCUUUGAAUUAUCAUUAAACGACGCUCCUCAUAAUAAAAAGAAAUUCCACAACAUAGCCACUGGAUGGCGCCAAACGUACCGAACACAAACUUUGCGACAACGCGCGACAGUUUUGGUAAAGCUUUCCGGCUGAUUUGCGGCAGCGGCGCUCAGCUUCCACAUGGCAGUGUGUGCUCGUUUACUGUAGAGUCUCUCGGUUCGGUAGUGUUGUAGUUAUUUAUUUAUUUAUAAACGUAACGCGAUGGGAAAGUCGAAGAACGCGAGGUUUAAGCGCGCGCAGUUCGCACCGGAUGGACCUCCGGUGAAAGCUAUGAAACGCGCCGCUGAAGAUGAAGAUGAAGAUGAUGUGGUUGAGUCUCCGCAUGCAGAAUUACUUGAAAAACUGCAGAGUCCGAGUGCAGACAUACGCGAGUACGCGUGUGCGAGUAUUUCCCGAGUGGUUCAGCAGAGUCAGACGAUCCCGGGCUUCCUGCACCGAGACGCAGUGAGGAGGUUAGCGCCGCUUCUUCUGGACAGCAGCCUGGCGGUCAGAGAGACGGCAACCGGAGCGCUCAGGAACCUGAGUGCGUGUGGAGGAGCGGAGGUGUGUGAGAACAUGGUGAGGCAGGACGUCCUCACUCCUCUCACCGCUCUGCUGAACGAGUGCCGUAUGGGGGUGCAGAUGAGCUCCAGUCCCGUGAAGAAGGACCAGAAACCGACAGUCGAGGAUGUUGCGAAUGAAGCUGUGAAUCUACUCUGGAAUCUCUGUGAGAGCAGCAGUACAGCAGUGUCGGUGUUUAAUGGAGCGAGACUUCUGGAUGUUCUGUUGCCGUACAUUGAGAAACAUCCACACAACAUCCAGCUCGCUUUAUCAGCAGCACACUGCUUGCACACAGUGACCGAGGAUAACGCCGAGCUGGCAGGAAGUGUAAACGGUGCCGUUUUGACCGCUUUAGAGAACGUGUUGCUCUCCACACACUCCAGUAUGGAACACGUUCUCUUACGCACUCUGGCUGCAGGAACCGUGUGGAACCUGAAGAGCUGUCUGUCCUCCACCCGUCAGGCCGAGGCCGUCUCUGCCGUGGUGAAGACGCUGGCGCAUUGUCUCAGUCUGGACGCCGGAGCGCUGAUCCCAGACCUGUGGCAGAGCGAGGCGAGUCGCCAGGCCAGCGGCGGCACGGCUGAUCCGGAGUCAGCGGGGUUGGAGGAGCCGCAGGCCGGGGCCAGCGUGCAGGAGGAAGAGGAGAUGGACGAGGGAGAGAGAAAGAUGAACAGAGGAAAGAGGAACGGGAAAAAGAUGGAAAAAGAUUUAGCUGCUUUUCUGCCUAGAGACAAACCGGAGCUGAGGGAAGCUGUAGCACUACUGACAGCACAGCAAACGUCACAGGAGAUCAUUGUCAACAUGUGUUGCUCAGAUGAACCCUCCGAUGACGAGUGGGAAGAGAUGUCAAGCAGUGACGAGAGUGAGAUAUGUGCCGACGGUGUGGCAGACGGGAACUCCAGCCUUUUCUCUCCUCUCUGCCUUUCUGCGGAGUUACACACAACACUGCUGAACUACAACAUACCACAGCAGGUCUUGAAGAAAGCGGAGUUUCCCAGCCAGGCCGCUGUGGAGAUUUGCGCCAGGGAUCCAGCGUGGAAGUGCCUCGUUAAGAAAAUGCAGCGGGUGCAGUGUCGGGCUCUGACGUGUCUCCAUAACAUGCUGGCUGUGAUGGACGUGGAGAGUUUGGGUGGAGCUGCAGGACUGCAGGCCGUCGCUCAGCACCUCUCGUCUCUGAUCUUUAGCUCGGCAGAAGUUUUGAAGGAUGAGGAGUUCUUGGACGCCGUAACCAGUGCCAUGCGCUCGCUGCUCCAAAUAAUGGCCUCCAAAAAUAUCCCUCAGUGUAUGAGCCCUCAGCAGUUGAUGAGCGUGUGUGAAGUAGCAGUGCAGUGUGAUGUGUUGAGUGUGAGGGUGAACGCUCUGGCCAUCCUGGGCAUCACAGGAAGCACGCUGGCUAAAGACAAGGGAUCUGCUGAGACCCUGCAGCUGAUCGGAAACGCACUGCUGAGCGUAGCUUCUAAAGACCUGAAUCUGGUGGCGUGCGGAGAGGCGCUGGACGCUCUGUUCGACGUUUUUGCGGACGGCGAGGAGGCGGAGCGAGCGGCGCAAAACAUCAACCUGCUCGCUGCUCUCAAAUCCCUGCAGCCUGCAUUCACUGCCAAGAUCCGGAAGGAAGGCAGAGGGAAGUACAGCCCGGAUCAGCUGUGCGUCCUGGACAACAUCAAGGUGAACCUGCGACGGUUCAUCGGUUACCUGGAGUCGCUGCGGAAGAAAUAGGACGCCGGAAUCAGGCACGACAGACUUAAAUUGAAUGUCAGGUUUUGGCGUUUAAAGCUCUAAUCAGGAAGCUGUGGAACUGGCAGGCCAGUUUUUUUUUUGUUGUUUUGUUUUUUUUUCCGUGUGACUGUAAUUACUGAGAACACCAGCACGUGCACUCUUUAUUCUAGAUUUGAGUGGCGGUUCAUUUUCAAAAAUAUGGUUAGUGUAUUAAAUAAUACCCUAGUCCAAGAGAUAAAAUAUUACUCAGGGUGUUCUGUAUCAGCGUCAGUGUAAUCACCUGUUUACUUUCGGCGUAGAGAUAUUUCCGGUAUUAUAUCCCUCCCUUACUUUGGUCACUCGGGUAGAUUAAUUAUCGUCAAAGAAAUGAAGGGAAUCGACAAAUUCAAUUAAAUAGUCCGAGGUUUUAUUUAUUUAAUUUUUUUGCUUUUAAUUACUAUAUAAUUUUUUUUUUGCUUGUAUUUUUCUCAAUUAUUAGUCGCUUUGGAUAAAAAAAGCGUCUUCUAAGUGAAUAAAUGUAAGCGUAAUAUGAUAACACGAGUGAAAUUUCUUUCUUCGUUUUUAACAUCAUGUCUCCGCGUCCACAGAUCUGAUAGAUUUUUUUAUUUAUUUAAUUUUUUUUUUUUUUGCCGUUUACUUUUAAAGCCUAAUACGGUGUGUAUCUAGAAAGUAAAAAAAAAAAAAAAAAACAACGAAAUUACAUACAGUUUUAUUUCCGGAAAUACGUCGAGUGCAAACGUGUACUGUGUAAAAAAAAAUCGGACGCCGGUUUCCGGUUUGGACGUUCCUGAUUGGGUCUUGAAGGACAAACCCGAAUAUUCGUCUGAAAAAAGCGUCUCUCGUUAAUAAAUAUAAAUAUUAAGGUAUAUAUAAAGGUGUUUGAGUGCUUGAUAAAGUCACAAGAGUGGGAAUUAAAAUACCAGAGCUGAUGGGAAUACCUGAGGAUAAUGUGUAAGAGUGAACAGAAACCCGUUCUGUUAUGAGUAUAAAAAGAGCCUUAUGAGUGGUUAUGUCUGAGGUUAUGGAAGCGUUAACGGUGACUAUGUAAGAAAACAUAAGCCGAAAGAUAUCCUAUAUGAUUUUAUAUAUCUGAGUAAGGUAGGACCUUUUUAUUUUCAGCAGUCCCAUUCAACGUUUCAAGAUGAAAUAUGAAAGAGUUUUGCAAAAUAUAUCAAAUGUCCUUUCCUUAACCUUCAGGUAAUGCGCAUGCUUAGUGUCUGGUGUUGCUUCUUUACUUUUCAAAAUCCUUUCCAUAAAUACAUGACCACAUCUUUGUGUAUCUGCUUCACACAUCAUUAAUCUGAUUUAUACUACAGCGCUGCUGAGUUCUCUCAGGUGUUAUCCGUAACUAUAAAUGGAUAAAAAAACGGCUGGCGUGAUGAUGUCCGAGAAAUAAAACGUAUAGUCGCCGCCAGAUCGCUGUCGUAACCGAAUAAACACCGUCGGGGUGGAAACGGUAAUUCAGCUGAUUGUUUUCCUGAAACAGCACGCCAUGGAGGGGUUUCAUUUUCACUUCAUAUCCUCAUUUGAGGAAAGAGAGUUAAAAAGGUAGUAAUAUAAUUUCACUAUGAACUUUUAUGUCAAAUAGAAAGGAUCAUCCAUAUUCACAGCGUUGUUUUUUGUUUGUUUUUUUUAGAUUUCGUAGCUGAAGCAUUCAGUUUGUAGUAAAUAUCUGAAGAUCUGUGCAUAUAUUUGCAGAAUUUAUUCUUUUACUUCUCAUUAACUGCAUUAGGAUGGUAUCUCCUAAACUAAAGAAGCAAACAUCAGACACUAAACAUUAUAGAAAUACAUUUAUCUUCAUGCUCUUGUGUAGAAUUGAUUACACUGAAUUGAUGAUAUCGCUAUUCAAGCGUAAAAAAAGUUUCUUUUAAGUAUAUUGAUUGUUUACUCUCCCAAGACAAUGUAUGGAUUAUUUUUGUUUUUUAUAUAUACAAUACCGUAGCGCUCUGACUGAAAAGGUUUGGUGUGAAUUUUUUUUUGUUUGAUACUUUACAUGAUUAAAGCAUAGUUUAUGAUGAUGAA